GUUACGCUGUCUCUCGCAAGCACGUGAAGAGUAAAGAUUUUCCCAAGUCGUUUUCCGCGUCCGCUAAUCACAGUCAUCCCUGGCUCAGUUGAUGUCGUGGUCCGGUUGAAAAACGUUCGUUUUAACAUUUUAAAACUCGCGUCAGGUGAUUCAGGAGGAAGCCGACAUGGGCAAGAAGAAGGACAGUGAUCCGGAUUCGAAGGAGUAUGGUGAAGCGGCCCAGUUUGACCCCACGUUCCACGGGCCCAUCCACAAUAGGAGCUGCACGGAUAUAAUCUGCUGUGUGCUGUUCAUGUUGGUGAUCCUGGGCUACAUGGUCGUGGGGAUUAUAGCCUGGCUCUAUGGGGACCCCCGACACGUUCUGUACCCGCGGAACUCCACCGGCUCGUUCUGCGGCAUCGACCACAACAAAGGCAAGCCCAACGUCUUCUACUUCGACCUCCUCCAGUGCGCCACGUCCACCAACGUGAUUGCUGCCGCCCUCAACGGACUGCAGUGUCCCACCACUCAGGUGUGCGUGUCGGAGUGCCCCAAGGUCUUCUGGGGGCUGACGGACUACCUGGGCAGUCCGGCGGAUGCCUUCAACCAGAGCCUGUGCAACCCUUCUAUCAACCUGACCACCACCACACUGAGUGUCACCGAGAUCGUGGACAAAGAGCUCUGUCCGUUUUUCUACACGCCGACUACGUCUGUGCUGGGGAGAUGUCUUCCUGAUGUCACAGCCCUGGGCCAAAUUCCGGACUAUUUUAGUCAAAUCCCGAACUUGCCCCCCAGCCUCAAUGUAUCCCUGAUGAACAGCACACAGGUCGUAGUGAACAGCUUCAACGCCAAAGACGUGGGCGUGAGGAUCUUUGAGGACUUCGCCUCAGCCUGGCCCUGGAUUCUCCUUGGCCUGGUCAUCUCCAUGCUGGUGAGCAUGCUGUUCCUGCUGCUGCUGCGCUUCACCGCGCCCGUCAUGGUGUGGCUGCUGAUCCUGGGCCUCCUGGGGGCCGGGGGCUACGGCAUCUGGCACUGCUACUGGGAGUACGACAACUACAAGACGCGAGCGGUCUCUAUCACGGACAUCGGCUUCACCACCAACCUGGAGGUGUACCUGCAGACCCAGGAGACCUGGCUGGCCUUCUUGAUCAUCAUCGCUGUGGCCGAGGCCAUCAUCCUCCUCACCGUCAUCUUCCUCAGGAAGAGGAUCCUCAUCGCCAUCGCUCUGAUCCAGGAGGCCAGCAGGGCCGUGGGUCACAUGAUGUCCACACUCCUCUACCCUCUGGUCACCUUCGUCCUGGUGCUGGUCUGCGUGGCGUACUGGGGCAUCACCGCCUUGUACCUCGCCACCUCCGGGGCCCCCAUCUACCGGGUGGUGGCCCUCAACGUCAGCCAGGGCGACUGCGAGCGCUACAACGGCACCCAGGAGUGCGACCCCCUGAACUUCAACUCCUCCUCGGCCCCGGCCUGCCCGUCCGCCCGCUGCAUCUUCAUCCGCUACAACGACGAGGGGCUCCUGCAGCGCAACAUCUUCAACCUGCAGAUCUACAACGCCGUGGCCUUCCUGUGGUGCGUCAACUUCGUCAUCGCGCUGGGCCAGUGCACGCUGGCCGGCGCCUUCGCCUCCUACUACUGGGCCUUCUCCAAGCCCUCGGACAUCCCCUACUUCCCCCUCAGCUCCGCCUUCAUACGCACCCUCAGGUACCACGUGGGCUCGCUGGCGUUCGGGGCUUUGAUCCUCACCCUGGUCCAGAUCGUCCGGAUUCUGCUGGAGUACAUCGACCACAAGACCCGCUCUGCCCAGAACCCCUGCGCCCGCUUCCUCAUGUGCUGUCUCAAGUGCUGCUUCUGGUGCCUGGAGAAGUUCAUCAAGUUCCUGAACCGGAACGCCUACAUCAUGAUCGCCGUUUACGGGAAAAACUUUUGCGUCUCUGCGAAAAACGCCUUCUUUCUGCUGAUGAGGAACAUAAUAAGGGUGGUGGUGCUGGACAAGGUGACCGACCUGCUUCUGUUCUUCGGGAAGCUGUUGGUCGUCGGGGGCGUGGCGGUGCUGUCCUUCUUCUUCUUCUCUGGACGCAUCGCACUGCCGGGGGAAACGUUCCGCUCUGAGAACCUCAACUACUACUGGAUGCCCAUCAUAACGGUGGCCAUCGGAUCCUACCUUAUCGCUCACGGCUUCUUCAGCGUGUACAACAUGUGUGUGGACACCCUCUUCCUCUGCUUCUUGGAGGACCUGGAGCGCAACGACGGCUCCCAGGAGCGCCCCUACUACAUGUCCAAGAACCUCAUGAAGAUCCUCAACAAGUCCAACAAGGGGGCCAAAUAAAGAGGUGUCUCUUCUACUGCACGUCACCGUGGCAACGUGUCAAACUCUGCUCUCCAUCGCUCGCCAGGCGACCGCUCCUAUCGCACACGUGUCGCGUUUACACACACAUUUCUUUUUAAUUUCCCUUCCUGCACUUUUUAAUGAAUUCCGAUCGGGGGCGACGAGAUUUUUACGGUGUGUCUGAAGCAUGACUGAAUGAACACAAGGGUAGAAUGGGAUUUGCACUUUAGGAGGGGUGUGUGUGUGUGUGUGUGUGUGUGUGUGUGUGUGUGUGUGUGUGUGUGUGUGUGUGUGUGUGUGUGUGUGUGUGUGUGUGUGUGUGUGUGUGUGUGUGUGUGUGUGUGUGUGUGUGUGUUAGGAACAUGAAUGAUUAUAU